AUUGCCGCGAAGCUUCUUCUCGGAACCCUAAAUCCCUUUUCUCACCUUUUCUUUCUUCAUCGCAAGGUCGCAAUUUGAUCGCCAUUGAAUCCAUACCAAGAUUCCAGCGAUCGACCUUCCAUUCAUCAAUGGCGAGAACUGGGAAUUCUCGCCAAAUUUUCAAUGUUUUGUUUGCCCUAACCUUCGUCUUCUUCUUCUACAACCGCAGCGGCGAUCUUAGAAGCCAAUUCCUCCGUUCGAGCUCUAAUACCCCCACCGCUUGGCGCGCAUUCCGAUCCAGUCUCUAUCACCAUCGCCGCCUUUCCGAGGUUGAAGGCAAUCCCGAAUCGACGGAGGAUCCGACGACCGUUUGCGCUGGCGUUGCUAAGCACGACGGCUUCGAAUCCCCUUGUGAGUUCCUGAAAUCCCACUCUCAAUGCAACCCCGGUGGGUUCUUCGAUUACUUGCGGUUUUUCUACUGUGAUUGCGAGAAAUUUCGAAUCUUUGGCUAUGCCGUGCUGGGUCUAUGGCUAUCGGCGCUGUUCUAUCUUUUGGGCAACACCGCUGCUGACUACUUUUGUUGCAGCUUAGCAAAACUCUCAGCUUUGCUCCGGUUGCCUCCCACUGUGGCCGGUGUGACGCUUCUUCCGCUCGGCAAUGGCGCUCCUGAUGUGUUCGCGAGCAUUGCCGCGUUUAUGGGCACUGGCGCUGGUGAGGUUGGGCUCAAUAGUGUUUUGGGAGGUGCGGUGUUUGUUACGUGCAUUGUAGUUGGGGCUGUUUCUUUGUGUGUGGCGGAGAAGAAUGUGCAGAUCGAUAGAAAGUGUUUUGUUAGAGAUAUUGGGUUCUUUCUGUUGACAUUGAUCUCUUUGUCGUUGGUUCUUAUCGUUGGAAAGAUCACUGUUUGGGGUGCUGUGAUGUUUGUGUCCAUAUAUAUGCUGUAUGCAUUUGUGGUGGCAGCCAAUGAGCUUCUGAGGAAGCACGCUCGGAUGCUGAAAUUGGAUGCUGUGACACCGUUGCUUCCAAUGAGAGGGAGCAUUUUCUCUCAAGGAAUUGAAGAUGAUGAAACUGUAUAUGGUGCUCUUCUUGAGGAGGAUGCUAGUAGUGAUGUGCCAGUGUUGCGCGAGUCAUUGCCACAGUGGAUGUGGGCUUCGAAUUUUGCAAUAUACUCGAAUCAGGGGUACAGAGGUGUUGGUAUGGAGUCACGGCAGACCUCAUGGGGUUGGAAUGAGGGUGGGGAGGAUGAUGACUCAAGGUUCUCUUUCCCGAAGUUUUUUAAGAUAUUGGAGUUGCCCUUGACUCUUCCAAGAAGGUUGACUAUUCCAGUUGUGGAGGAAGAUAGAUGGUCAAAGUUUUAUGGGGUAGCUACUGCUUGCUUGGCUCCAGUUCUCCUUGCUGUUUUAUGGAAUACCAGUGACAGUGAAGGGUUGAAGGUUAGUAUUGCUGCCUAUAUUUUAGGUGGCCUUAUUGGUGUGGUUCUUGGGUCUCUAGCUUUUUUGUAUACCAACCGUGAUCACCCUCCACGGAGAUUUUUGUUUCCUUGGGUCUUUGGAGGAUUUGCGAUGAGUAUCAUCUGGUUCUACAUCAUUGCUAGUGAACUAGUUGCAUUAUUGGUUUCCUUGGGCAUGAUGUUGGAGAUUAAUCCAUCUGUUCUGGGAUUAACUGUGCUGGCAUGGGGUAAUUCAAUGGGUGACUUGAUGUCGAAUGUUGCUUUAGCAAUGAAUGGUGGGGAUGGAGUGCAGAUUGCUAUGUCUGGGUGCUAUGCAGGCCCUAUGUUCAACACGCUUGCUGGCUUAGGGAUUUCAAUGUUGCUUGGAGCUUUGUCAGUGGCACCUGUUUCCUAUGAUCUUCCGCGAGAUGACUCUUUAUUUUGGACGAUGGGUUUUCUCAUGUUUGGACUCAUAUGGGCUCUUUGUGUCUUGCCUAUGAAUGAUAUGCAGCCUAACAAGUUGUUAGGGAUUGGUCUCAUAGCCAUUUAUCUAAUUUUUCUCACAAUUAGAGUGAGCGGUGCAAUGGGCAUUGUAUCACUGGCUGGUUUACGUGCACAAUAAUUCUGUUUCUGAUCAGACAGGAUAUGUGCUGACUGAGGAUUGUUGAAGGACCAUUCUUUUAUCUCGGUGGUCGUCUCCAAAGGUGAGGGUUCCAAAGUGUAGCUAUUGUACAUUCUAAUUGAAUUGGGAGAUGUUGAUUUCUCAUUCAGUUCACUCUGGAAUGCUUGUAAACUUAUAGAAUACAAUGAAAUGUUUGAAUUACAUUGAAGAAUCAUGGUUGUAGGCUCGUAGUUUUCAUUCAACAGUUCAGUUGAUGACUAAUUGGUCAAAUAAAUGUUAUUUGUUUAUGCA